AAUUUUGAGUUUGUUUUCUGCGAUUUUAAUUGUUAAUUUUCGUGUUUUUGGGUUGAUUUUGUUUUGUUUUUCGAAUUAUUUUGCUUUUAUGUUUUUCGCACUUGCUCAAAGUGAAGUUUUCCUGGUUUAAACUGUGAAUCUGUGAUUUUUGUCCGUUUCGCAAUUCUUGCCACCUCUUUCAUCUUGGCAUCCCUGGUCCCUCGCGCCCAUCAUCGCAGAUUCCGUGUGUCCGUAUCGCCGUCGUCGGUGGUUGUGUUGUGUUUCUUCCUUCCGUCCGUCCGUCCGUCGUCGCGUUUCGCGUUUGUGUGUGCCAAGUCAAAGAGGUUGCCCUGCGAUGCUUACGGCGAGAUUACGACGACGACGAGCGAAACCUACUUGGACGAACGACGCGUCGACGAUGGCGGAACAUCCGGUGACAACUGCUGGUCACAUUUCGGAGGAGUAGGGGAGAUAUCGAAGCAACCGAGGAAGAUUUUGUGAAGGUUUUUGUGGUGCACAAGGGUUUGGAAGAAGUGUGUGACAUUUCGGUAGCGGAAACCGGAAGUGGAUCCAUUUUUCGUGUGCGCGUUUCUGCGGAAGAAAGGUCGGAUUUUGUCGACGGCGACGACGACGAGGCCAUUCCUGGUGGUGUGUCGUCACGUACACAAAUACAGGCGCGUGGAACCGUGGAGAAGAGCUGUUGUGUGGAACGCGAAAGUGUCGAUUAGGCAACCCUGAGGGGCAAAUUCUGGUUUUUCUCGUCACGGGGACCGUGUUUUCAGACGGCGAGAGAGAGAGAGUGAGAAGGGACGAGGUUUCUCGUGGGUUGGCGCGGGGUGGGGAACCACGGCAAGAAGACGACCGCGAGAAGCGAAAAAAGAAGCAGGCAGGCGGUGACGACGGAACGAUUUUUCCUUGUGUCUCUGCGUAGAUUCGCACCAGUUGUUACGACGGCUACGUAAUGAACGAGAUCGAGGUGAAGCAGGAAAAUUUUGCGGACGUGGCCAAUGGCCGGCCUUCGUCGGCGCUGCAGCAGGAUGAAAAUGGGGAAGAUGACGGCGAGAUGGUCGUCGGAAUCGACGCGGACCACAUCAACUUUCUCACCAGUAUGGCGUCGGACGAUUCGCUCGACUGCCCACCGGAAGUUGCCGCGAGGGGUCACGGUGGCCAAGCGGGCGAGUACGGCGAAGAAGACGAGGAGGACGUGAUGGCCGCGGCCGAGUCGAUUCUGCAGAAAACGGCCAAACGAAGUGGUGGUGGCGCCGCUGGAGCUCAGCAGUUUUAUCACUGCCAGUACUGCAACAAGACCUUCACCUGGCUCAAGUCCCUGACGGUGCAUCUUCGCACGCACACCAACGUUAAACCGUACAAAUGCGAGCUGUGCGAUCGUUCCUUCGUGCGGUCCGACUAUCUCAAGUAUCACAUUCUCAAGAGCCACGAAACGACGGAACAGGUUUUCACGUGCGGAGCGUGCGGCGGAGUUUUUGCCACCAACCGCGGCCUCCUCCGACACAUCCGCACCGAACACGACGGCCAUCCCACCGGCGAUGACGAGCUCAACCCAAACGCCAACCCAACCGCCCCAGAAUCCGACUCGGAAUCAAUCCCCGACGCCGACGAGCACGGCAAAUUCUCCUGCACGUACUGCGACGAGUGCUACGACACCCGGGAACCGCUCGCCGUCCACAUGCGGCGCCGUCACCUCGGCGACAAGCCCUUCCGCUGUGACCUCUGCCCCAAGUCGUUCAUCCGGGUGGACUUUCUCCAAUGCCAUCGCUCGAACCACCUUAAAACCAUGGACUAUCGCCAAAACGGCGCCAACGCCAAACGACCCCGCAUCAGCUUGAAAAAGCUCGAAGAUCUGGUCCCGUCGGCGUCCGCAUCCCGGGCGGAAUCGAGCGACGACGACGACGACGGUUCCGACUCGGACGGGGACAGCAGCUCGUCGGACGCGGAAAAUCAGCAGCAUGAUCAGCAGCAGCAAAGUGAGGAGCAGCGCAGUUUGUUGGCGGCGCUGUUGACGCAGGUUUCCCGCACCGAGAACGAUCGCUAUCAGUGUCCGCGCUGCGACAAGACGUUCACGCAGGAGUCGACGCUCAAGGUGCACCUGAGGACGCACACAGGCAUCACCCCGUUCAAAUGCCCGCUCUGCGAUCUGGCAUUCAUCCGAUCUGACUACCUUAAGAACCACCUGAAGAAACACAUCGAAGACAACGGCGAGGACCCGGGCGCACCGGGAGCGAUCGACCCGUCCACUUUUUCGUAUAGCAGUUCAACGUACGCAAGCGGUCCCAGCGGAACCGGCGUCAGUGGCACUGGCAGUGGUGGCGGCUCGGUGUCCCUGUUGAAACCGCUUGCGGCAAGAACCCAAUCGACGGGCAUUUCGCUGCUGAAACCUCCCGAGGAGCGAAAACCCCCCGAUCAACCCGAGUACUGCAUCCGGACGGAGGAUGGCAAGUUUAUGUGUACGGCGUGCGAGCGCGUGUUUAGCCACCAGCAAACGGUCCGGAUCCAUUACCGGAUACACACCAACGAAAAGCCCUACAAAUGCCCGAGCUGUCCGGAGUCGUUUAUCCGGUCGGACUAUCUGGAGCGGCACAUGAAGGUGCACUGGAAGGACGGCGGGCCGCUCGGACCGUUGCCACCGUUGAUGGUUCCGACCAAGAGUGGGGGCAGCGCGUUGGCAUCGGCUUCCGCUUCGGUGGGUGCCUCGGACAGCAGCGAUUCGACGAGUCCGCAAAAGCCGACGAUUGGCCGGGCCGGGCUGCUGCCGGAGAAUUACCACUUUGUGGAGGCCGGCGAUGGUCAGUACGCGUGCAAGAUUUGUGAUCAAGUAUUUUCCCAAAGCGAUCAAACGAGCAUUCGAAAGCAUGCGUUGACGCACACCGAGGAGAAGCCGUUCUUCUGUGAUGUGUGCGAUCGCUCGUUCAACCGGGUUGACUACCUGAAGGAGCACUUCAAGUCGAAACGGCACCGACAGGCCCUGGCCGAAGCCAGCGGGGACGCAAUGGCGAUGACAAUGGCCGAGGAGGACGACGACUCGAUGACGGACACGAGCAUCACCGGCAGGAUGGCCAAAAUCAAGUCCCCCAUCAGUCCGAUGACGAACGCGAUCGCCGACCGGAUGGAGUUCCAGCGGACGGAGGACGGCCGGUACAAGUGCACCGACUGCGACAAGACGUUCGUGACGGCCGUUACGCUUAAAAUGCACCUCCGGCUGCACACCGGAGAAAAGCCGUACAAAUGCUCACGCUGCAGCAUGGCCUUUAUCCGGUCGGACUACCUGAAGACGCACGAGAAGAUCCACCGGCAGGAGGCGUACAUGGCCAACCGGCAGCUGUACUCGCGCGACCAGAGCAUUGCAUCCGGCGAUGAGUACGACGACGAUGGCCAGCAGCAGCAGCAGCAGCAGCAGCAACAGUACGAAGAGGGCGAGUACACGGGACUGCCGUCGCAGCUUUAUCCUCAGCAGAACCAGCAGGUCAAGCAGGAUCCGGAGCUGAUUAUUGAGGCGUCGGCGGGACUCCACGAGCAGGACGGUGGUCCGAUGGUCAAGGAGGAGGAGCAGGAUGAGGAUGAGGACGAUGACGAUGAGGACAACGGUGGAGACGAAGAGGAAGAGGACGAGGAGGAGAGUGAGGACGAACAGGUCAUUGAGGUGAUGGUCAAGGAGGAGGACUCGGACGACGACGAUGAUGAGGAGGAGCAAGGAGGUGACGACGACCAGAACGAGGAGGACGAGGAGGGUGGCGACGAGGAGGAGGACGAGCAUGAAAACAACAACAGCUACGAAAACGAGGACAGCUCGUCCCGCGUGAGUGGCGGCGUCGGCGGAGUCGGUGCCCACUUGGAACAAUCGUCCGGCCCGCGGUCCAAGCACCGGUGUCACCUGUGCAAGAAGGAAUUUGCAUGGCCAAAGUCGCUCAAGAUUCAUCUGCGCACGCACACCGGCGAACGGCCGUACGAGUGCGAAAUUUGCGGGAAAAGCUUCACCCGGUCGGACAGUUUGAAGGCGCAUCGAAACACCCACGGGGACGUUCGGGUGCUGCAGUGCCAUCUGUGCGACGCCACCUUCGUCAAUGGAAGUGGGCUGAUACGGCACCAGAAGACGGAACACGGCAUUGAACCGUUGGACGCGUAAAGCCGC